AUGUGCCAUGUGUCCCAGAGCCUGCCGACAGCAGCCCACGGCAAGGCGCCUUUUCCCCUCCCCAUUGGGUACAUUUGGCCUUUCCACUGCAUAACGCCUACCCCACCCAUGCGCCUUCCACCAUCAUCCCCCCCCCCCCUCACCUGCCCCAUACACCUCCUCCACAGUAGCUGCCACCACCACACACUUGCCUCUCCAGCGCCACCCAUCAUUAACCCACCCUCACCUCCCUCCCCUCACGUCCCUCCCCUCGCCUACACCUCCCCUCACCUCCCUCCCCUCACCUCCCUCCCCUCACCUCCCUUCCCUCACCUACCCCUCCCCUCACCUCCCUCCCCUCACCUCCCUCCCCUCACCUCCCUCCCCUCGCCUACCCCUCCCCUCACCUCCCUCCCCUCACCUCCCUCCCCUCGCCUCCCUCCCCUCGCCUACCCCUCCCCUCACCUCCCUCCCCUCACCUCCCUCCCCUCACCUCCCCCUCCCCUCACCUCCCUUCCCUCACCUCCCUCCCCUCGCCUACCCCUCCCCUCGCCUACCCCUCCCAUAACCACCCUCCCCUCACCUCCCUCCCCUCACCUCCCUCCCCUCACCUCCCUCCCCUCACCUCCCUCCCUUCACCUCUCUCCCUUCACCUACCCCUCCCCUCACCUCCCUCCCCUCCCCUCCCUCCCCUCCCCUCACCUCCCUCCCCUCACCUCCCUCCCCUCACCUCUCUCCCCUCACCUACCCCUCUCCUCACCUCCCUCUCCUCACCUCCCUCCCCUCACCUCCCUCCCCUCACCUCUCUCCCUUCACCUACCCCUCCCCUCACCUCCCUCCCCUCACCUCCCUCCCCUCACCUCCCUCCCCUCACCUCCCUCCCCUCACCUCUCUCCCCUCACCUACCCCUCCCCUCACCUCCCUCUCCUCACCUCCCUCCCCUCACCUCUCUCCCCUCACCUCUCUCCCCUCACCUCUCUCCCCUCACCUCCCUCCCCUCACCUCCCUCCCCUCACCUCCCUCCCCUCACCUCUCUCCCCUCACCUACCCCUCCCCUCACCUCCCUCCCCUCACCUCUCUCCCCUCACCUCCCUCCCCUCACCUCCCUCCCCUCACCUCUCUCCCCUCACCUACCCCUCCCCUCAUCUCCCUCCCCUCACCUCUCUCCCCUCACCUCCCUCCCCUCACCUCCCUCCCCUCACCUCUCUCCCCUCACCUCCCUCCCCUCACCUCCCUCCCCUCACCUCCCUCCCCUCACCUCUCUCCCCUCACCUCCCUCCCCUCACCUCUCUCCCCUCACCUCUCUCCCCUCACCUCUCUCCCCUCACCUCCCUCCCCUCACCUCCCUCCCCUCGCCUACCCCUCCCCUCACCUCCCUCCCCUCGCCUACCCCUCCCCUCACCUCCCUUCCCUCACCUCCCUCCCCUCGCCUACCCCUCCCCUCGCCUACCCCUCCCAUAA